AUAGACAACAAGAAGCGCACGAGACAUCGCAUCGAGUGGGUAUCUUGUCUUAUUGUGCAAAAGAGAGCAGAUAACGCUACACUGGACUGCUUUGACAAAGAUCGACUGAAGCUCUACAAUGCCUGUGGCCUCGACUAAGACAGAGCCUGUGCCCCAGGUCUUGGAUGUGAUGAGUGACAGCACCACCAGCUCCACCACGGCCAAGGACCUGGACCUCAUUUAUCUCAAAGGCAUCAUGGAGAGCCCUCUGGAACAAGAGGAGAGCCUGAAAGAGCCACGGCCGUCACCAGUGAGGGAGAACAACGUUGAGCUCCUGCAGGAAAUCCUGAGAGACCUCAACCCCUUCACAACCCGCUCUGACACUGCAGCUGAGCUAGCGCUCAUACUCACACAGCCUCACUUUCAGUCUCUACUUGAGACUCAUGAUUCAGUAGCAUCCCAGGCAUGUGAUAGCCCACCCCCCAGCCCAUGUGACUGUGUGGAUCAUGAGCAGGAGGACGGCCACAAACACAACCUGCACCCACCACCUGACGCAGUACGCAUGGUGGGCAUACGCAAAGUAGCGGGGGAGCAUCUGGGUGUGACAUUUAAGGUGGAGGCUGGUGAGCUAAUUAUAGCUCGCAUCCUCCAUGGGGGGAUGAUAGACCAGCAAGGACUACUGCAUGUUGGAGAUAUAAUCAAAGAGGUGAAUGGACGAGAGGUGGGGCAGGACCCUAGGGUGCUGCAGGAGGAGCUGCAGGCAGCCAGUGGAAGUGUGGUACUGAAGAUACUACCCAGCUACCAUGAAGCAAUACCACCAAGACAGGUGUUCUUUAAGUGUCACUAUGAUUAUGACCCAGGUAACGACAACCUGAUUCCCUGUAAGGAGGCGGCCUUAAGGUUUGAGACAGGAGACAUUCUGCAGAUAGUCAACCAAGAUGAUGUCAACUGGUGGCAGGCCCGUCAUGUAGAGGGUGGUAGCACGGGGCUGAUUCCCAGUCAGAUGCUGGAGGAGAAGAGGAAAGCAUUUGUCAAGACAAAUGUUGAGCUUGCACCAGCAGGAAAUCUUUGUACUGGUGUUGGAGGGAAGAAAAAGAAGAAAAUGAUGUAUGUGACCACUAAAAAUGCAGAGUUUGACAGACAUGAAAUAUUGCUCUAUGAGGAGGUGGCCAAGGUCCCACCUUUUAAGAGGAAAACCCUCAUUUUGAUUGGUGCCCAAGGUGUUGGGCGGCGGAGACUAAAGAACAAGCUUCUACUAAGGGAUCCUUUACUCUUUGGCACCACCAUUCCAUACACUUCUAGGAAGCCCAAAAAGGGGGAUCAAGAGAGUCGGAUGUAUGCUUUCACCAGCCGGAGCAAGAUGGAGGCUGAUAUCAAGAACGGAUGCUAUCUUGAACAUGGAGAGUAUGACGGCAGCCUCUAUGGAAUCAAGAUCGACUCCAUACAUGAAGUCGUGGAGGCAGGGCGUGUCUGCAUUCUAGAUGCAAACCCUCAGUCUCUCAAAGUGCUGAGGACCUCAGAGUUCCUGCCCUAUGUGGUGUUCCUUCAGUCUCCUGACUUCGAGGUGCUCAAGGCCAUGAACCAGUCGGCUGCAGAGGCAGGAGUGGUUACCAAGACCUUGACGGAUGGGGAGCUGCAGAGGACAUGUGAUGAGAGCACCAAACUCCAGGCAGCCUACGGCCACUACUUUGACCUCAGCAUCAUCAAUGACAACCUGGAUGAGACCUAUCGCACAGUCAAGGCGGCCUUGGAUACGGUUUCUAAAAACCCUCAGUGGGUUCCCGUCACCUGGGUUUUCUAGAGGGCGUCUGUGGAGGGAGGACUAAGGAGGAAAUAAAGGCGAGCGAACAGCACUGAAGAUAUGCUACUGUGUAAAGUUAAAUAUAAAACUGUGUAAAUAGUGGAUGUUUUUACAACAACUUGUUCCUAUCAACACAAAAUCUGAUCUGACCCUUACAAUAGCAGUUUUACAGGGGUGAAUGCUGAACAUUUUACAUUGUGUUAGAUAAAACAUCCAUUAUUUAAACAGGAAUACAUUUGUCUUAGCUUUGAGGACAGGA